AUGUCUCCUCGUCGCCGCGCCAAUCUGAGCUCGACGGGCUUCGACCGAGUCCGCUUGUGGCCGGGGGGGGGGCAUUUCGGGGCGGAUAUCACCGCCGCCGGAGAGCGGGUGUGGCUUGGCACCUUCGACACAAAGGAUAAGGCCGCCCGCUUAUACGACGUUGCGGCAUGGAGGUUUGGUCGUCCGCGCCGCAACAUGAACUUCCCGGAAAUUGGGUCUCGGGAGCAAGCCGACGCGGUCACUCCACAACCACGCUUCGUGACGCAAGAGGACCAGCGGGUGCAGCGGUGGCUUGCCGUCACCAAGCUGGAUGAGUGGGCCAUGGCACAGUAG